AUGAUAGAUAUGAGAAGUACAUCAUCAUUGAGUCUUCAAUCCUUCUCUGGAAGCAAUUCCAAAUUGAUGACUUUUGAUCAAUUUACGGAACACUUCAAACAACCAAAAUUGAUUUAUCAACACGCAUCUGAUGUCGUUCAGGUGUUUCAAUACACAGAAAAUACACCAGCCUCUCCAAGUUGCUUGGUAUUUGUUCAUCACGGAACAUUACUGCAAACUGGAAGACUUUUCAAAAAACUGAUUGACAACAACAAAUUAAUGCCUAAUGUGAUUCCAUAUGAUGAAGCAUACAAAGAUGAAGAAGAAUAUGAUGCUACAUAUUAUCUCAUAUGUAGAGACUCUAACGUCAUGAAUACCUAUCAAUCACAACAGUUAAAAACAUUGGAGGACGUUUUUACAGAUGUCAAUUCCGUGAACUUACUAAACGAUUUUGGAUUUGUAAAGCACAUUCUCUUGGAUGUGGCAAAUGGUUUGAGACAGUUGCAUCGAUCAGAAUUAACUCACAACAAUUUAUACCUACAUAGUGUUUUACUAGUUAACAAUAGAAGCUACGAUGGUACCUCUAAAUAUCAAGCCAAAAGAGCUAUUCUUCAAUUUCCAGGUAUUGGUAUUUCGUAUAUCCUCCAUGUUGGAAUUGAUUUUAAUUAUGCACCAGAAGUAACUCACCACACAGAGUUCUCCAAAGAAAAUGAUGUUUACAUGUUCGGUUUACUUAUUCUCAAAAUGUUGACAAUGAGGGACAUCAACCCUCAUUCUGAAAAUUUCGAAUGGAAAGUAGAUGUGCAGGAAAAAGUCACAGCAAGAUUUGGAGCAAAAGCAUCGUCUACCUUUAUUAGAUCCCUCCUUACAAUUGCAAAAGACUGUAUUCUCUCUCCAUUUAGACCAUCUUCAGAUCAUUUAGUUUCUCGGCUAAAUUCCCUUUCAGAACGAGACGAACCAUCAAAACAACACAAAGUACAUGUCGAGGAAGAAUUAGAAGAGUAUCACGACAGUUUUGCAUCUUUAGGGAAUGGUGAGUCUCAUUAUUUCCACUCGGGAGUUGAUCAGCCUCAUUUAUCAGGAGACGGAGAAGACUUUCAAUUGCACAAUUUUGAAUCUGUUCCUCAGGUCGUCAUUGACAUGGAUGAAGACGAUGAAGAAUCAGAAACUCUUAGUGCUGAAAUGUUUGAUCGAAGGAAAAGCAGUAGACAUUCCUCGAUCAAUAUCAGCAUGAAAGAUCCAUUAAAUGACAAGCAGGCAAAUUCCAGCCAUAACGACGACGAGAAUGUAUCCAAGCCAAAAGGUAUCCGAAAGCUAUUUGCAUGUUUCCUUUGUGGUGGACGAGAUAGUCUUGAUAAUGACUCCAACAGGAUUGAUUUAUAUGCAACUCCUGCAAUAGAUCAAGCCCAACAAGAUGCCCUUCCUGAUUAUUUAUUGGAAGGUAAAAAGAAGAGAGAAACACUAUUCUGUGAAAGAUUACUGAAAAGAAAUGCUUGUGGAUCAAUAAUUUUAGUGAAAGAUGAAAGAACAAGACAUAAUAUGGCAAUGAAAAAGUGCACUCUAGGAAAUGAAGAGUUAUAUGAGAGAGAGAUUAAGGUGUUAAAACAAAUGAAUAACAGAUACAUCUCAAAAUAUAUUGACAGCUUUGAUUACACUGACGAAGAUCAUAUCACAGAUCACAUAUCCAAGCAUAUUGUGCUUCAAUACUAUCCUACUGGAGAUUUAAUUGAAUGCUUUUUGAGAAAAAAGCCUAGGAUUGUUUUAACUCCAGUAUUAUUUACCAAAAUACUUUGUCAGUGUUUUGAGGGUCUUAUAUACUUGAGUGAGAAUGGAUGGGUUCAUGGAAACAUCACUCCUGGCAAUAUUCUUUUAGACGAAAAUUUGAACAUUGUUUUCUCUGAUUUUGCAUUUUGUUUAAGGAAAGAUGAAAAAAUUCAAUUCGUAGUCAAGAGUGAUUAUUCAGCACCAGAAUAUAAGACAUCUUCCAUGGCAAACCCUCUCUCCGAUGUGUUUAGUGUUGGUUCAGUCAUGACACAGUUGUUGUUGUAUCACAAAAUUGAUAUCAAAACACUCAAAACACAAAACAUGACACUCAUUGACGCUUUAAGAGUUGUUCUUGGAAAUGAUAGUUACUCCAACAAGUUCUCUCCACUGUUGAAUCAUCCAAAAUUAGAGAAAAAUAUUGGAGAAAUUUUGAGAGAUGCUACUGCCUUAGAUGUACAAAAUCGCCGUGCUGCCUCCCUCAUUUACAAGGACUGUGUCACUUUGAAGGAACAAGUUGCUGCUAUCUGUAUUCAAAAAUUCCUUCGUGGCUACAAAGUGAGAAAACAGUACAAAGAUAAGUUACCAAAGAGAGAACGAAAGCCAAGCACCAUUCAAACGAGAAGAGAGGCCCGUAGAAUCAAAGCUAGCCAAAGUAAUUAUGCCAUUAGCUCUAUUACAAAGAGUGGUACAAGCUCAUACGGAAGUGGUAUUACACGAAGCUCCACCAUUAGUACUGAUAUUAGCAGAAAUCUGAAUCCAUCCUUAUCGCGCAGCACAAGUAACUAUGAUGGUAUCAACAAAUCUCACUUUGUGUUGUAA